AUGAAGGCUACAUCAAAUCUCAUAAUAUGGCUAGCUCUAGCUUUAUUGGUUAGUCUUGGCAUGGUUUUGGGCUUGGUUUUACUUCUCUUAGGCGAACUCUAUUGCUCCCCAUUUGUCCGCCGCCUCCUUGGCCGCGAACAUGCUAGCCCUCCCGAUAACACUACCAUCGCCGCCGCCGCCCUCACCACAGAAGAUGACAUUGAAAAAGAAGUCCCGAGAUCUCCGGAAAAUCAAGAAACACUUGGAAUGACCCCACAACAAAACAUUGUGGAGAUCCAAAAAGGUCGUUUACGUCACUUGGGUAACACGUCAACAAUGGUUUGCAUUUCUAAUCCAAUCUAUGACGACGAUGAAUAUGGAAGGAUGGGUACUAGAGGUGAUAUUGAUGAUAAUGGGACACCCUUUGAGACCCCAGACAGUUCGCCAUCUCGGUUGGGAACAGAGGAGUCGUUCGGUGAUCAGAAGGAGGAGAUAUCGUCAAAGGUGGUGAUUACUCCACCUAUGAAAACUUGGGAAAGAAAAUAUGCGAAUAAACAGUGGCGGAUCCAGAAAAAUACUUUCUCGAGGCAUAGAAGGUAA